CUCUCACUCACCCGCGCACCUGCCCUUGCAGCUGAGACAGGCACACACACGAGGAAAGCACCCACCACGGCUAGCCCAGCCGACAAGACAGACAGCCAGACAGACAGCCAUGGUUGGCCUGACACUGGCGCAUUCUGCCGUGACGUCGUCGUGGGCAAGGGUCUCCUCGUCGAGCUACAAAUAGCAACGCCCGCCUGCCCGGAGAGUUUAGCCGAACUCUUGCUCUCUCGUCGUCCACCACCAACACCAACACAACACACACUCGUGAUACCCUCAGCACAUCCUUCAAAAUGGCGAAGAUUGCGAUUGUCUACUACUCGAUGUACGGCCACAUCAAGACUCUGGCCGAGGCCGAGCUUAAGGGCAUCCAGAAGGCCGGUGGCACUGCCGACCUCUACCAGGUCGCCGAGACUCUCCCCGAGGACGUGCUCGCCAAGAUGUACGCUCCUCCCAAGCCCACCGACGUCCCUGUCCUCGAGGACCCCUCCGUCCUCGAGCAGUACGACGCCUUCCUGAUUGGCAUCCCCACCCGUUACGGCAACUUCCCCGCCCAGUGGAAGGCCUUCUGGGACAAGACCGGCAAGCAGUGGUCCACUGGCGGCUUCUGGGGCAAGUUCGCCGGCAUCUUCGUCUCCACCGGCACCCAGGGCGGUGGCCAGGAGUCGACCUGCCUCGCCGCCAUGUCCACCCUCGCCCACCACGGCAUCAUCUACGUGCCCCUCGGCUACGCCAAGUCGUUCGGCCAGCUCGCCAACCUCAACGAGAUCCACGGCGGCUCCCCCUGGGGCGCCGGCACCUUCGCCGGCCCCGACGGCUCCCGCCAGCCCACCGCCCUCGAGCUCGAGAUUGCCGAGAUCCAGGGCGAGGAGUUCUACAAGCGCGUCAGCCUCCAGUCGAGGUGACUGCAUGGUAGCGACGGCGCUGCCGCGAAGCCCGAGGAGAAGACAUCCGAGGCCGAGAGCAAGCCCGCUGUCCAGAGCAAGCCUGAGGGCAAAGCUGCCAAGGCCAAGGACGGAUCCAAGAAGGACGACGGCGAGAGGACGUUUUGUGGCCUGCCGGGAAAGUGCGUCAUCUUGUGAGAGUCCGAGGGAUGAGACGAGUACAAGAUGAGGAGGAUACUCAGCUUUAGCAUAAUAGCGCAUAACUGGCAGAAUACAUUGCAUACCCAAUGACUAUACGAGUGGA